GAGAGGGAGGGAAAGAAAAAGACGCAGAGGCAGACAGAGCGAGCGUACAAUAUACAAAAGAGAGCAAGAGCAGAGAGAGCGAGCGAGAGAAAGAGAGAUGGAAGACAGGGAGGCUGCAGACAUCUUUGCUAUCAACAAUGGAGCAUGAAGCUCUGCUGGAUAAAAGCGAAGUGACAACGUUGUGCCUGCCUCCCUCAGCCAGCCAUGGUGGCUCUGACAGUAACAUCAGCUUGGAUGGGGCCGGGGUGGGGGCUGAAGGUUCAGGGGUCGUCGAUCCACAACGAACACGGCUCGCUCUGGAGCACCUGCAGCAGAAGACCCUGAAGAUCACAGAGCAGAUUCGCAUAGAACAGGAGGCGCGAGAUGACAACGUAGCUGAGUACCUGAAGCUGGCCCACAACGCAGACAAGCUGCAGGCCUCGCGCAUCAAACAGGUGUUUGAGAAGAAGAACCAGAAGUCUGCACAGACCAUUGCCCACCUGCACAAGAAGCUAGAUCACUACCACAAGAAGCUAAAGGAGAUAGAGCAGAAUGGUCCAGCUCGUCAGCCUAAGGAUGUGCUGCGGGACAUGCAACAGGGGCUGAAGGACAUGGGGGCCAAUGUACGAGCAGGGUUCCAUGGCUUUGGCGGGGGUAUGGUGGAUGGGGUCAAAGGGGGGGUGGAAGGGGUCAAAGGAGCUGUGGUGUCUAAGCCACGGGAGUUCGCCAGCUUGAUCCGCAACAAAUUUGGCAGUGCAGACAACAUCUCCCACCUCAUAGAGGACGGGGUGGGAGGGCACUCGGAGGACGUGCCUGCUCAAAGAGCCCUGAGUGGCAGUGCCACCCUGGUCUCCAGCCCCAAGUACGGUAGCGACGACGAGUGCUCCAGUGCGUCCUCUGGCUCAGCACCAGGCAGUCACUCAGGUUGGGCCGGGGGAGGAGGUGGGAUGUUGGGGCAUGGGCAGGCUGGCCUGGGGAGCCCCAGAUUGGAAGGGCACCACCACCACCACCACCACAUCCACAGCUCCUGGGACACUCUGCUGGAAGGCCUGCAGGAGAUCAAGGCCAGCCAAGCCCACAUGGAGGAUGCCAUCGAGGACAUGAAGAGUCAGCUGCAGAGUGACUACUCCUACAUGACCCAGUGCCUACAGGAGGAGAGAUACAGGUAUGAGCGACUGGAAGAGCAGCUGAAUGACUUGACAGAGCUGCACCAGAACGAGAUGACUAAUCUGAAACAGGAGCUGGCCAGCAUAGAGGAGAAAGUGGCCUACCAGUCCUAUGAGAGAGCCAGAGACAUUCAGGAAGCAGUGGAGUCGUGCCUGACUCGCAUCACUAAGUUGGAGCUCCAGCAGCAGCAGCAGCAGGUGGUGCAGUUGGAGGGUGUGGAGAACGCCAACGCCCGUGCCUUACUGGGCAAACUCAUCAACAUCAUCCUGGCACUCAUGGCUGUAGUGCUGGUCUUUGUCUCCACCCUGGCCAACUUCAUCACCCCACUCAUGAAGACCCGAGCACGGGUGGCCGCCACGGUCAUGCUGGCCCUUUUCCUGUUCAUCCUCUGGAAGCACUGGGACUUCCUGGAGCUGUGGCUACUGCCCAGCUGAGCUCCCCACAGCCAAUCACCCACUCCCCUGUGUCUGAGUGACCAGGAUGUGGACAGAGGGACCACAUUUAUACACUAAGCUGCCCCAGACAAACUUAAAGUCUGGAACCCAGUCAUAUUUCUGAAAGGGAACCGUUGCACUUUUUUCAAAGGGUUUAUGCUUGGAGAGUUGUAAGGCACAAAACCUUUUCUUUACAAAGCAACUGACGAAGACUCCCGUUGGAUGGCAGAUGGUGGCCAUUUUUGGUUGAGAGACUUUUUAGGAGGUGAUUUAAUGGUGAUUACAAGGAACCAAAGAAACUAUCUGCCUGGUCGUUUGGCAACUCAAGCAUUUGCUCUUUCUCUUGACUAAUCUAGUGGCGUCAACUCACCAUCGUAGUCACUAUGAUUUAAUAACAAUUUGGGAAUGAAUGUUGAAAUUCUUUGACACAUCUCAAAAUUGUAGUGUAGGCCAACACUUAAAAAUGAUAAUAGAUAGAAAAACAAAUUAUGCUUUGCUAAACCACGUUUGCUGUUACAGUUCCUUUGUACUGAGCCAAUUGUAUAUUUGGAGGACAUGGCUAAGCAAAAGGAUUGCUUUUUUUCUGAAUGUUAGGGUAUGUACUACUCAUGCAUGUCCUCACUUGUGCAUUUGUACCUGUGUGAUGCACUUGGCAUGAGUAACAUUCCAACACCAACAGAAAUACACGUUGCUCUUUUCUCAGUAUUCUGUUGUUUAUAGACAGUUUGUACCUAAAUGUUCUUCUCCAUAUUAAUUCUAAAACAGUCAACUAAAUCACUUCUGGUGUUUAAACUACACUUUUUGGGCGCAUCAAUCGUUUUCAUCUCUUAUGUGUGAUGUAAAGGAGAACUUGAGGGCCAGGAUGUAUUCUGGUGAGAUGGAUCCUCACAACUACUGAAUGAUCUAUUAGCUAUUCUGAGCAUCAAUGCCAUUUCAUAACCACUGUUGUAGAGCAGCUAAGAAUCUAUGUAACGUCAGAUCCACAGCACGUUUGACCAUUGCUUCCAUAUUUCUAUCCAGUUUGCUAACUCCAUCACAACUCUGUUCCAUUCUUAAUAAAUACAUUCUGAAACUAUGCUAAUGUUGCAUGAUAUUGGAAAGUCGGAAUGGUUUUCAUGGAACUGUGUAUAUCUAACAGUAUUGACUACAGUGAGAAGAAUAAUAAUAAUAAGUAAUCAGUGACAACCUGUGAUCUGUAUCAUGAAAAAGGUACUAAUUUCAAAGACAGUCCCUCAAUGUACCCCCCUGCAAAAUUGAACUCCAGGCUGGUUCAAGCUAAAGGUUUGUAUAUCAACUCCCUGUAGGAGACAGUUUGUUUAAGCAGUAACCUAUAAUAAGUGCAUCUUUUUACUAAUCGAGUGUCCAUCAUGGGGCAGCAGCGUAGCCUAGUGUUUAGAGCAUUGGACUAGUAACCGAAAGGUUGCAAGAUUCAAUCCCCGAGCUGACAAGGUACAAAUCUGUCGCUCUGCCCCUGA